AUGGUUCUAUCGACAUCACAACAGGUCGCCAUGGCGUUCACGGCGGUGCUUUUCACCUUCGUGGUGCUGCCCAGGAUGUUGGGCGUCGGGCCCAGGUCUGACCCGCGCUACGCCCGGAAAGCUGGUCUGGGCCCGGGCGCGGUGAGGGGGCAGCCCAUCGCCAACGCCCCCGGGACCCCCCAGACCCCCGAGAACAUGCUGCAGAUGAAGAAGCUGAUGGAGCAGGAGAUGAAGAGCGACAAGUUCAAGAGCAGCAGCAGCAACAAGGGCUACGUGUUCACGCUGAUGCCGCUCUACGCCAUCGGAGUGGGGGUGUUUGCAGCCUACAAGUUCCUGAAGAUCAAGUCUGCAGAUGACCAGGCACAGAAGGACAAAUGUGCCAAAGGAGCCAAAAAGUCCGUGGAAGCAGAGAACCAGUUGAACGAGCUGGAGCAGCGACUAGUGCAGACCGAGAGGAUGCUCAACUCCAUCCUCACCCAGCUGGACCCGCUCACUAACUGUGUGAAGUCGGUGGCCCAGGAUCAGAAGAACGAGAUCAUGUCUCAGCUGCAGACCAUCCGGCACCUGAUGAAGAAGAGAGGAAUGGACUGCCCCCCCCUCAACACCAACGAGGCGUCCUGCGAGCGGAACCUCGAGGACCUCAUAGAGACGCUGGAAGCCAACGACACCCUGGCGGCGGACGCGUCCCUGGGGGACGAGCGGGCGUCUCCGGGCGCGGCAGAGGCCUCGGAAACAGCCUACCAGAAGCAUCUGGAAGCUGAGGGUGAAGCGGCGGCGGAAGGUGAAGAGAUGAAGCAGCUCGUACCAGAGGAAGCAGACGGGGGAGGGAAUGUGGAGGAGGACGGUGAAGAAGAAGAAGAAGAAGGGUUGGAGAUGGAGGGCUCCCGGCUCAUGCCUUCACUAGAGGACUCAUAUGAGACAAACAUUGAGGAGGUCGGCGCUGAAGAGCGCGCGCCCGGCCUCAGGCGACGCAACAGGCCAGACUAAACUCCCCGCGGCUCUGCUGCUCUGUACAGGAACGUGACAGAUUAUUAUUAUUUAUUACCUGAAACGGCUGUCGACAUACUCACCAAAAGAUAUAUAUUGUACUCGUCAGAAUCUAUAACCUCCCGUAGGAAGCUCAUGUGUAGGGCUCUGUUUUCCUCACAAGAACCCAAGUGUAUCUGCUAUUAUUCGUCCUCAAUCAGUUGCAUUACACGUCUCAUAUCUUUGUUUUUAUUUUUAACAGCUGUGCUAAUCACAGUGGCCCGUAAAAAGAAUGACUCACCCAGCAGGAAAUAUGGCGCGUUACAAACCUGCAGCGGAAGCAAGCUAAUUAUGCCGUCUAAAGCCUAAUGGACUGCACAUUUGUGGUGGACAUUAAGUGUCCUCCGUUGCCCCACCCCGCGUCUCCAGGGCGGUCUUAAUGCUCUGUGGUAGAUUCUCUGAGUACUGGAGGAUCAACAGCAGUCUUUAAAAGGGUAUUGUGAUGAUGGGCGGAGCAGAACGCUGUCUUAACGGUCCCUAAUUUCUCACUAUGUCCAAAUUGUCUCCCUCUAUAGCUUAGACGUGAUCAUUUCAAGUGUUGACGUACUGGGGGAAACGAGAUCGUCCCCAUCUCAAUAGCUAUAACACAUCCCCAAUACUCCAUUCAUUCAUAUUUUACCUUUGAAUUUGUCACCCAUUUUCAUAAUAACUUGGUGCAGUCCAGACAUCACUUGACUUGUAGCUGUGAUGGAUGCCAGACGCAUAAAACGUGUUAAAAUGUGUGUUUUCCGAUUAUUUCAACACUACAUGAAUGCAGCACAGAUGCCGAAUCGUGCGGUGCUAUUGAGAAUAAUUAGUUUAUCUGCCAUGCGAUUCAGAUCCGCUUUUAAUGGGCCCUGCUCCACCCUCCAACAAAGGUUUUAAAAUGGAGCCGGAAGCUUUUCCGUAAUCAUGCUGACGGAGGACGGACAGAGACGUAGUUCAUCAUUUUAUAGUGCUACUUGUUAAAGUGUGUGCUGGAAAAUAGAGCCCAUGUGUCCUUUACUGUCCUGUUGUCAGUCAUUUUAUCCAAUUAUCACCUUUUUAACGUUGCCUGAUUUUAGAUUAAUAUGUCUAUAGACCUACAUAUUUAGUAUAUUGGUUUAGCUCUGCACCUGUUUGAUUGCCAAACAUUGAGGUGUAUAAUCUCCAUGAAAUAUGGUUGUGGCCAGUGUCACCUGUUGCUUAUUUGCCUUUUUACCAUUUCAUUUUGCAUGGUGCACUACGUGUCAAACACAGAUGGAACUAAUAACUUACUGGGACACUACAGUGGAACAAAACAAUUGUCAACAUUAGUUCUACGUGUGUGUUUCCUGC